AGGAAGACUGGGGGCUGACACACAAAAGGACUUCUUUUGAUCUGAUUGUUGAACUGAGCCAUCUUCCCAGUCGAAAUGUCUAUGUCAUUCUUUUAUUUGUCGUUACAAAAUGCAGACUCCAAAUGAAGCAUUUUGCUAUUUGACGUCACAAUCAAGUCAGGAGACACUUAAUCAAUGAAUUAAGUUAAAUUUUGUUUAUUAGGAUGGGAAAUUUUUGUAGUAAGAAGGCGAAGUUGAAAAUGACUUCAUAUCAGAUAUCAUCAAAUGAAAAUUAUGAAAAUGCUUCACAUUAUGAGAACUUCAAUAGAAGGAUAGAAAUAAAACAUUUUGAUGAUUCAGCAAUUAUGAAGCAUUUUGGAUAUGAUUUAUACGAAACGAUCGGAAAAGGUGCCUAUGCCAAAGUUAAAAGAGGAUAUUCGGAAAAGCUUAAAAAGGACGUUGCAAUCAAAAUUGUGAACCGUAAAAAGGCACCUUCUGAUAUAAAGCGUAAAUUCUUACCACGAGAAGUAAUGAUUACAUAUCAUGCACGACAUGAAAAUAUCGUGCAAUGUUUUGAAAUUAUAAAGGCGCAAGACAGAGUUUAUAUGGUAUUGGAAAAGAUUGAGAAUGGGGAUCUUCUUCGGCUUGUAGUUAAACAUAACUUUGUCGAGGAAAGAAGAGCUAAAAGGAUCACAAAAGGAAUUGUAUCAGCGUUGAAGUAUCUUCAUCAGAACAAUAUGGUACAUCGAGACUUGAAGUUGGAAAAUGUACUUCUGGAUCGUAAUUUCAAUGCAAAGUUAUCAGAUUUUGGAUUUGCUAGAAAGAUCGAGGCAAGGAAAUUGAGCUGCACAUAUUGUGGAAGUGCGGCGUAUGCACCGCUAGAAAUAUUGUCAGGAACACCAUAUGACCCGUUCAAAGUGGACAUUUGGAGUCUGGGAGUAGUGAUAUAUGCAAUGACUAUCGGUUACAUGCCAUUCAGCGACUCCAAACAGAUCAUAAAGAUGCAGAAAGGUGUCAGUUUUCAUUCGGUUAAACAACAUCCAUCAAGAACGCUGCAGAAUAUAAUUAAAAUGAUCCUUGUGAACGACCCAAUGGAUAGGCCACUUCUUGAUGAUAUCUUAAAUCACGAAUGGCUAGCCAGCAAGAAGGAAGAAGCGGAUGCAAAAAGAAAUUAUGUUGGGUUAGCAGUUGGCUUGUAGAUUAAGACUGAUUGGAGUUUCAAAAUAUUAAUAUUUCAUCUUAUCUUAUUAACUUGUUUAAUCUCAUGCUUUCCUUUAAAAAUUAUGUUCUCAAAAGGGUUGGCUGAAAGUUCUAAUCAAAGCAUGAUUUGAUUAAAUAAAGCAUUGUUAUGUUAAGCAAACAUGUCACAUCAAAUUAAGAAGCAGGAGUCGCUUUAACAAUGCCUGUUAAAAUCAAUCGGUCUUCCUCGACAAAUUCUUGGAGACAACCGUAAAUUAAGCGAUCGUUAUUGGAAGAUCCACUAAGCAUAUAAAGAUAUGAAAAAUUUAUAGUGUA